GGAGUCGUCAGUUUCUUCCACUGCUGUUUCAUGAAACCCUACUCCUCACGCAUCUUGCGAGCCAACAAAUAAGUCUCCUCAAGUAACACUCCAAACCCAUCCCCUCCCCACCAACCAAAGCAAAUUCACACCCAUUUCCCCUCCCAAAUCAUGCACCCACCCUCCGCCUCCGCCAUGCCCGACGACCAACUAUAUCCUCAACUGCCACAGCCUAUCGGUAAUUUCGGGCCAAAUUAUCAUCAAUCUUUCCAAUCUCAUAGCAGUAGCCACUAUGACCUGAACAGCAAGGUCAUGCUCACCGCCAUAAUCUCCUUAUCGAUCAUCAUUGUGAUCGUCACCAUCCUCCACAUCUACGCGCGAAUCAUUCUCCGGCGGCAAGCCCGCCGGAGAGCCAUCAUCCAGCGGCUGAGACUGGCCGUCUCCCAGGGCCAGCCCGGCGACCCGCCGAGGUCCGGGCUUGACCCGGCCCUCAUCGCCGCCCUGCCCAUAUUUCUCUUCAAACAAGUAGACGUUGAAACUGCAGAAUCAACUGAGUGUUCUGUUUGCUUGAGCAGCCUCGAAGACGGCGAGAUGGCUAGGGUUUUGCCGAACUGCAAGCAUAUUUUCCACUCGGAGUGCAUCGAUAAGUGGCUCGCCUCGCAGCCGACGUGUCCCGUUUGCCGCGCGGAGGCCGAGCCGAGGCUCGUCCCGGAGCCCCGUGAGCCGGCGACGGGCCCGACGCUGGAAGGGACUUCGUCAGACGGCGAGUCUCAAGCGUUGGGUAAGUUUGGCGGGUCGAGUUCGCGGCUGAAUUCAGUCCGGCGGAUGCUUAGCAUGGAAAGAUCGUCGAGAAGAAAUCAAUGCUGUGAUGGCGCAGAAGAUCUCGAGAGACAGUGAUUCGGGUAAAAUUAAUUAAAAAUAUAAUUACUUUAUGAAUGCCUAAUUAAUUAAUUUGCAUUAUAAAUGAACAUGGAUUAAUACAUACAUACAUACAUACAACUAUAUAUACAAAGAAAGCAGAUGAAUUUCCCGGCUCCGGUCGCCGCCUCCGGCGAAUAUGAAUUUUCGGAGAAUAUCUUGUAUUUUCCUAAAUAAGUCCGAGAUUUCUGUAUCAUCAUCAUAUAAUUAAGAAUUAAGAAAUUAUGACUUUUGGUACUUCUUGGUAGGGUAGGGGCGGCCCCGGUGGAGGGCCAUGUGCACACAGAGACAACACUGCUGUGCAUGAUGCAUUCAUUAGCUAGACUUUAUGUUUUUAUUUACCAUUACCAAUAUUGACCUGACAAUUAUUCA